AUGUCCAAAGAGGUCAAAAAUCCUCAAAAGCCCAGCGUUCGUGAAAACGAAUGCGACACAAACCACUCCUUUUUAACAAUAAAGCGAAGUCCGAGGAUGCCCAACGCGCUGCGCAGUCCUGCCGCGCGUCCCCAAGUCCCCCCAAGCGGCCCCUCCCACCUCCGAGUGCCACCGCCCUGCGGGGGGGCGGGGCCGGGACGGCGGCGACGUGCUGACGUCAGGGCGUGGGGACAGCCCGGCGUCGUCCGGCGCGGGGAAGAGCCGGCGGGGCCCGCUGCUGCCCGUUCAGUCUGCGUGGUAGCGGAGGUCCGCGUCGGCUCUCUCGGCCUUUUGCCCUUCCCCUCGUCCCGGCCUCCGCGGCCCGGGCGGCUGGCCCGUCGUGAUGCGGUCGGCGCGCCCGGCGCGGCCCCGCUGAGGCUCGGCGAGGCGGCGAGCGCGGCUCGGGGUCACCAUGCCUACCCGUGA